UAUUUUUUUUUAUUAUAAUAUUAACUUUGUGUUUUCACUUUGUAUGUGUAGGUUAACCAUUAAUUUAUAAUGGCAAAUAGAGAAGGUUCUACAGUUGGUUCAGCUUCAGGUUUUGGUCCGUUAGUAGAUGCAUGCCCAUCUUGGUAUGUAGGCACUCGUCCUAAAGGUGCUAGAGACAAGGCUUGGAAGUAUGCCUUUGAAAGAACGAAAUCUGGGUUGCUCACAAAUGUAGUUGAUAGGGCAAGACAAGUGGUGGAAGACCAAAUAAAAGAAUGGAAACAAUAUGGCUGCACUAUUUUUUCUGAUGGGUGGAUAGAUGGCAAAAACCACACCAUCAUUAAUUUUUUGGUUGCUUGCAAGAAUAAUAUGGUGUUUUUGAAAUCAAUGGAUGCCUCCAACAAGGUGAACAAUGCUGAAACUUUGGCUCUAAUGUUGGAGCAAAUUGUCAUGAAGGUGGGAGUUGAAAAUGUGAUGCAAAUAAUAACUGAUAAUGUAGCAACAUAUGUGGCAGCAGGUAGAAUCCUUCCAGAGAAACCUCCACUCUUUUUUGAACACCUUGUGUAGCACAUGUCUUUGACCUUUUUUUGAAGGACAUAGGAAAACUUGAUUGGGUGACACCAGUUGAGAAGAUGCAAGGAGGAUCACAAAAUACAUCUACAAUUACCCUUGGGUUCUUCACUUGAUGAGGGAACACACCCAAGGGAAAGAGUUGGUAAGAGCGGCUGUCACAAGGUUUGCAAUGAUUUUCUUAACAUUGCAAAGCAUUCUUGAUGCAUUGAUGGCUUUGAAACAAAUGUUUGAGAGUCAAGCAUGGCUAGACUCACUUUAUUCAAAGAAGCCUGAAGGAGAGGGUGUUGCAUGCAUAGUCUUCAACAACGUAUUUGCACAAAGAGUUGGAGAGAUUGUGAAGGUAACUUCAAAACUUGAAUAUUUAUUUAUUUUUUAUUCAGGUCUCUCAUUAUUAAUUUGUAACUUUAAUGAUUAAUCUUUUUGUAAUUCAUAUUUUUCAAUUGUAGGUGUCAGAGCUCUUGGUUAGAGUUCUCUGCUUGGUAGAUGGGGAUCAAACCCCAAUGGGGUGUGUUUGUGAGGCCAUGGAUAGGGCCAAGAAGUCUAUCAAAAAUUACUACAAGGGGGAGAACCUCAAAUUUGAUCCCAUUUGGGAAAUUAUUGAUAUGAGGUGGAACAAUCAGCUCCACCAACCCAUUCAUGCAGUAGGAUACUUCCUCAACCCUCGUUUUAAGUUCAGGGAUUCUUACUUAGAUCCCAAUGGAGAGGCAAUGGAGGGCCUCACUACAUGCAUUUAGAGGAUGAUUCUUGAGGUUGAGGUGAGAGACCUCAUUGUGGCUAAAUUCCAAAAUUACGAGGAAGCAAGUGGUAAGAUAUUCUCUUCAGAGCUGGCCAAGAGAGGAAGAACAACCCCCAGGUAUAAUAUUUGGAGUAUUUCACAUGUAUCUUACAAGCUACAAAUUUCGAAUUUACAAGUUUACAAGUUACAAGUUGUAACUUACAACUAUUGAUAAUUUGAUAAAAUAUGUUUUCACUUUUUUCUAACUCUUCAAUAUUUUAUUUUGCAGAUGCUUGGUGGCGAAGUUGGGGUGGAAAUACCCAAAAUCUCCAAAAAUUUGCCCUUUAGUUCAUCCAGUUGUGAGCGCAAUUGGAGCUUGUUCAAGGCCCCAUCCACACAAAGAAGAGGAGCAAGUUAGCUCAAAAAAGCCUCAAUGACCUUGUUUUUGUGCAAUAUAAUCUUCGGUUGUGCAAAAGGAAGGUAGAGGAAACACCAACUGGUCCAACUGAUUUGGAUGAUAUAGAUCCUUACAAUGAUUGGACAUCGCAAGAGCAACCUCCAUUGUUUAUCGAGGAUGACAUCUAUGAUUUGGAGAGGUAGGCUAUGGAGGAGGGAGAUGGAUUUAAAUUCACACUAGAUGACAUUGAGAAGGAUGAGGAUGAUGAGGAGUCAUUGCCAGUGUCAGGAGCAACUAGAGGCAAAGCUACAACUAGGAUGGAGAUCGAGCCACAGUUAGUCGUGCCGAGUGAGGAGGCACAACCACAACAAACUCCUAGGACUAGACCCUCCAGUUCUAUCUCUCCCCUAGUUUUUACUAGAGCUGGGAAGAGGAAGAUGUAACUCUAUUGAUGUAUUUACUUUUAGUUUUACAAAAACUAUUUACUAUUUUGCUUUGAGCCAUCAACAUUCCACAUGAGGAUGCCGUUUUGUACCCAAUUUGCAUUUAAAUCAAUAAAAUAUAUCUAGAAUCAGCUUGUUUCUUUUGUGUACUCGUUUAGUGACUCAUUGGAUGCAUCUCCUCAUUGAAUUUUGCAAAAAAAAUGCAUUUUAAUUAUUUUGAAGCAAUUUUUUAAGUUGCUGAGUUUUUUCCCGAGUUUUCACCAAGUUUUUUUUUCUGGGCCAUGGCAAGUUUUCGCUUUUGGCGAGUAGCUCAAUUAUGGUUUUACAGGCACUGCUGUCUAGAUAUAAAGUGUUUGUGACAACAUUGAAUGUCACAGAAAAAACUCCUAGUUUUGAAAAGUUGGUAAAUCUACUGCAAAAAGAAGAGUCUAUGAGACAAGAACAUGGUGAGGAGGAUCAUGCAAUGACCAUUUGUCAUAAAGGGAAAAAGUCUAUGAAGCAGUCUGGUGGACCACCCAAAUCUGGAAAUUCAUCCAGAUUUCAGAAGAAGUGUCCAAUAUGUGAACAAUGCUGAUACCAAAACAAAAAUGUGGAGCCUACUUACUUUAAUUUUAUUCCAGUUUUCUAAAGAGGGGGUCUUCUUUGUUUUUGAAAUAAUUUUUUUAAAAACAGUGGCCGCAAAACCAGUUUACUUGGUGGUCUGAUUGUGCUGUAUGUUUUCUACAAAGUCUGGAGUUAAACAUGCAGUAUUGAUUGCUGCAUGUUUCAAUUAUGAGUUCUCUUGUAAUGUGAACCUAGUUUCACUGCUUUGAUGGUUGCACUAUCUUAUAAAUUGUUAAAAUGAGAAAAUUGUUUCAUUAAUUGCAAUUCUUUAUACUCAGUAGGAGAAGUGUGGUAGCUGUAGAUUUUUUUCAAAUGAAAUCACUUUUUCUUCUCUCUAUCUGGAGUGCCCAUUUUGUAGGGAGUCCAACUUAUUUGGAAAGCUUAUAACUUACGUCAGAAACUUCUCUAACUCAUUAACAAAAACCCUAGUCACUGUUUAAAACAGUGAUAGAAAUUUGCAUCCUUUGAUUAUGCCUAGCUUUUCCAAUAUGUGAACGGCUUAUCUCAUUGAAUGUGCUGUAGCUGUGUAAAUAAUGUGAAAAUGUGAAAAUGGCUUAUCUCAUUGAAUGUGCUGUAGCUAUCUAAAUAAUGUAGCUACAAUUUUUUAUCAGGCUGAAAUUAGUUGCGAUGUUAUAUUCAUCAAAAAUAAUUCAGGAUUUGUUCUCAAAGAUAUCACAAAGUCUGGACUGCCUUCAAUAGGAUUAAGGAAUGAUACAAUUAGCUUUGGCUGUGGCUGAAUUUUCAUAGAUAUACAUGGUUGGAUAUUUUGACACACAAUUGUAACAGGGAAGAGAGGAUAUUGGCAUGAACAAUGUGAAUGGAAUUUGUUUUGCAAUAAGAGAUCUAAUUAUGCCCUUCUUUAAUUUUCCAUGUGACUUAUUCUGGACAUGUAAGUUUAUGUAUCUACAUUUUAUGUCUUUCUAAUGCUGAAGUUAGUUUAUUCAUAU